CUCCCGCCGCCAUGUUCUGAGCAGGCAGCUCAUCUCUGUGGAAAGGGAAAAAAUAAUAACAAACCAUAAUGCUCAUUAUUCGGUGAAAACAAAAAGGGGGUACUUUCAGUCAUCGCGACGUCUGUUUUCCCUUGUUCCCGGAGGGAUAAUCUCCCUUUUUAUUUUGUUCUUGUUUGGAAGUGGCGGAGGGAAGAAUCCGGUGGCCGCUCUGGCACUCAGGUUUCAAUGUGAUCUUUUCCAAGAAAUAAAGAUUUUAUGUAGGGAGAAAGUCAAUCAGACUGUAACUACAUUUUGAGCCUGUCUAUGAAAGUCAUUAAGAGCUUGUUGACACCCUGGAAACCAACUACACAAUGAAGGUGGUAUUUAUUGUCUCUAAGGGAUGGCUUAAUAGAUGGCUGCAAUAGUUUUGUGGGCCCAAGUCACUCUUCCUUGAUCAGAUGAUGGCAGAAAAAGUACACUGAGAUUUGAUCUUGAGUGAGGCAGAAGUACAGAAAAGUGAUACUGAGGAAUAAUACAUAGUGUGUAACUGUGGAAUUGACAUGGAUGAAGAAGGACAACAUAGUUUGGAAUGCAUCCAAGCCAAUCAGAUCUUUCCCAGAAAACAGCUAAUUAGAGAAGAAGAAAACCUCCAGGUUCCUUUUCCUGAGCUUCAUGGAGAAAGUACAGAAUACAUAGGACGUGCCGAGGAUGCAAUUAUUGCUUUGUCUAACUACAGAUUGCACAUCAAAUUUAAGGAAACAGUUGUGAAUAAUAUUUAUCAAAAUACCUCUUGUGAAAUGACAGUUCCUUUGCAGCUGAUUGAAAGUGUUGAAUGCCGUGAAAUGUUCCAGCUUCAUUUGACUUGUAAAGACUGCAAAGUUAUCAGGUGUCAGUUUUCUACCUUUGAGCAAUGUCAAGAGUGGGUAAAACGUAUAAACAAUGUUAUACGACCACCAGCAAGGAUAGAAGACCUCUUUGCCUUUGCUUACCAUGCUUGGUGUAUGGAUGUAUAUGCUAGUGAAAAAGAGCAACAUGGAAACUUAUGUCGACCAGGAGAGCAUGUUGUUUCAAGAUUUAAGAAUGAAGUUGAACGAAUGUGCUAUGAUAUGCAAAAUGCAUGGAGGAUUACCAACAUCAAUGAUAAAUACAAGUUGUGUGCUAGUUACCCACAGCAGUUACUUGUACCAGCUUGGUUAACUGACAAAGAGCUUGAGAGCGUUGGAAACUUUAGAUCGUGGAAGAGGAUUCCAAGUGUUGUCUACAGGCACCAGGGCAACGGAGCAGUGAUUGCACGUAGUGGUCAACCGGAAGUCAGCUGGUGGGGUUGGAGAAAUGCAGAUGAUGAACACCUAAUACAGUCUGUUGCAAAAGCUUGUGCCAUGGAUAGCAGUCCCACCAAACAUGUUAAUGGCAACUGUAUACGAGAUUUUUCUAAUGGUAGUGACCUAUCUGAUGGAGAAUUUGAUUCUUCAAUGACUAAUACAGCUGGAGUAGAAAAUUUAUGCAGUCCACCACAUAAACUUCUAAUAUUGGAUGCUAGGUCAUAUGCAGCAGCUGUGGCUAACAGGGCAAAGGGUGGUGGGUGUGAAUGCCCUGAAUAUUACCCCAACUGCGAAGUAGUAUUCAUGGGUAUGGCAAACAUUCAUUCCAUUCGGAAGAGUUUUCAGUCUUUGAGAUUUCUUUGUACACAGAUGCCGGAUCCUGCCAACAGUUGGUUAUCAGCUUUAGAAGGUACCAAAUGGCUUCAGCAUCUAUCCAUGCUUUUAAAAGCAGCGCUACUUGUAAUUAAUGCAGUCGAUCGUGACCAGCGGCCUGUUUUAGUACACUGUUCUGAUGGCUGGGACCGAACACCACAAAUAGUGGCUCUAUCAAAAUUACUGCUGGAUCCUUACUACAGAACCAUAGAGGGUUUUCAGGUGCUGGUGGAAAUGGAAUGGCUGGAUUUUGGUCAUAAAUUUGCUGAUCGCUGUGGCCAUGGUGAAAACUCGGAUGAUCUUAAUGAACGCUGUCCUGUGUUUCUUCAAUGGCUGGAUUGUGUCCAUCAAUUACAAAGACAGUUCCCUUGUUCGUUUGAGUUUAAUGAAGCAUUCCUUGCUAAAUUGGUGCAGCAUACAUAUUCUUGCCUUUUUGGAACAUUCCUGUGCAACAGCGCAAAGGAGCGUGAAGAGAAACAUACUCAGGAAAGAACCUGCUCUGUUUGGUCCCUAUUGAGGCCUGCUAACAAAGCCUUUAAAAAUCUCCUGUACACCUCACAAUCUGAAACUGUACUGCAUCCAGUGUGCCAUGUAAGGAAUUUGAUGCUUUGGAGUGCAGUGUACAUCCCCAAUUCAUCUCCCUCAACUCCUGCUGAUGACCAUUGUGCACCCUAUCCAGUUCCAAGGUCCAUCCCUGAAGAGCAACCAUUGGGAAGGUUACCAAAGACUAGAUCAUUUGACAACUUGACAACAGUUUGCGAUAAUCCUGGACCUACAGCAAAUAGACGCUCCAGUGAUCCAAGCCUAAAUGAGAAAUGGCAGGAACAUCGCAAGUCAUUGGAACUUAACAGUGUUGGAAUAGGGGGAAUGAUGGAUGGGAAUGGAAUAGAUGAUUCCUUCAACAGUGAAGCACUGGAAUUGGGAAGGCUGGGAAAGAACUCCUUAGGAGCUGAACUUUCUGUAGCCGCUGGUGUUGGGGAAGGUCAAAUGGAGAAUAUUUUACAAGAAGCCUCUAAAGAUGAUAGUGGGUUAGAGGAGCAGUCGAAGGAUGCAACAGUAACAGAAUUAAAACGAAUCGUAAAUGCUUUAAGUAGUGAAAGUGAGCUUGACAGUGGCCUAAAUAAUCAGUUGGUGACUUUUGUCACAGACUCUUCAGAAACAUUGUCGAUUAAUGAAAUAAAAAAUACUGAGCCUAUUUCUGGACUUAUUACAAGUUCAGAAGAAGAGACCCAAGAUGGGUUCUUGGCAUCUGUUAAUCAGAUUCAAAUGUUACCUGGUAUAGACGUUGGGUUCAGAAAGGUUGCUACUGAUAAUCCAUCAAGUUAUACGAAACCAUGUACUGCAGCAGAGGAUGUUAUUGACUCAAAUAUUGAACCAGAAACACAACCUUGCUUAGCACAUUUAACCACUCCAGACAAGCUGGAGGAGAAGAUAUCUACUUUGGAGAGUUCUACUGAAACUUUAACAGAAGAUGGAGCAAAGCAGGAAGUGCCACAAAACUACUCUAGUAAUAAACUUACUUUGAAUACCAUAGCCAAUAGUACAUUGGUACCUGUUGUAGACUCUGAAAAUGGUUUUUCUCCAUUUAUAACUGAAAACCAGGAUAUGGUAGUGAAACCAAGAUCUGCAACUGAUCUACAUAGGACUUCAGAUAAAAGCGUUCAGAGUACACAGCCUCCUCCUUGUGCCUUGUCGUUAAGUGAAUGUAAAGAUGGAUUUGUUCCUAACGGAGAAGUCAGUAGCGAAACUACAGUAAUGGAUAAAGCAGCAGACUUUGGAAGUGGUACUCAAAGAAAUAUCACAGCUAAUGGACUCUGUAUAAACGGAGAGGAGUUGAGGGGGAAAAUGGUGUUAAGUAGACAAGUUUCUGCAGCUAGUUGCAGCUCUUUGCAAUUUCCAUCCGGCCAUUUUAGAAACCCCCAAUCCAAGUGGCCACAUUACUACUCUGGAAAACAGCAGCCAGUGGCAAGCCCAGAUCAACCUGCACGAAGCCAUUUGGAUGAUGAUGGGCUGGCCACAUACAAUGAUAUUAUUCAACAGCGACUUCGUCAGAUAGAGGCAGGGCAUCAACAAGAGGUAGAAACUUUGAAAAAACAGGUACAAGAACUGUGGAGCAGGCUGGAGUGUCAGCAUUUUAGCAAUUCAUCUCUGCGUUUUAAUGGAGAUUUUAGUGAUGAAGUGACCUCUAUCCCAGACUCUGAGAGCAAUAUGGAUCAGAAUUGCUUAUCCCGCUGCAGCACAGAAAUAUUCUCUGAGACCAGUUGGGAGCAAGUGGAUAAACAGGACACAGAGGUGACUCGAUGGUAUCCCGAUCAUUUGGCCCCGCAGUGCUAUGGCUGUGAAAGUCGAUUUUGGCUGGCUAGUAGAAAGCACCACUGCAGGGACAGGGAGCCUGUUGAUGACAAAUGGAAUUGUGGGAAUGUGUUUUGCUCAAGUUGUUGCAACCAGAAGAUCCCAGUGCCGAGUCAGCAGCUUUUUGAGCCUAGUCGUGUCUGUAAAUCCUGCUACAGCAGCCUUCAGCCAAAUGGGUCCACGCUGGAGAUAGAACUGGACAAACCCAUUGCAGCUACUUCAAACUAAAGGCAAUGCCUUUCCUCCCACAAACACGCACAUUUAUGGGACAGUAUACAAGAAGCCAAGCAAUUUGGUUACUGUGCACUUGAGAUAGGACUGAAUGCACAGCGUUGCUUGGAAGUUCUAACAGGAUGCGGUGGAUGGAGACAUAGUUGGAUAAAAUAACUUAAAUCUGUUUGGAAGUUUAUUUUAUGGUGGCUUGUGGUGAUUGGGAUAGAGCGGCCAGUGCAGUAUAUUACUGUAUUAACCAAAGGCCUUAGACUUGCAGAAGUGGUAAGCAAUUUCAUUGGGCAGUUGCAUCAGCACACUACUCCCUCUACAGGCUUAAUUGAAUAUGUAACAUCUUAAAGUAGAUCAGUGUUAAUUAUGUUCCUUUUAUUUACAAAACAAAUUGAGUUUUUGGCAUGUACAGAAAGUAUUAUAAAUGCCCUGUGGUUACAGCAAAAUAAAUUUACAGUGACCUGAUGGGCACUGAAGAAAUGAGAUAUUUUAAGCUUUGUUUACACAAUGUAUUGUAAGCUCAAACAUUUUCCUCUACUAUUUGAAACAGGAUUUCUUUUGAGCUUGGUGAAUUAACCUUUUUCUGCUGUGAUUCUGAAAUGCGAAUGAAGGUUAGAGGAGGUCAGGAAAUGAGAAGUUCUAGAUAGGUGCCAUUGGUUAUGAUACGGGUUUCUGGGAUUGUGUUUUAAAUGCAUAUUUUGACAUUUAAUUGUCGUUUCAUUUUUUCAUGCAAGCACUUUUUUAUUUUUCUCUUUGUAUAUAAAGAGGUCAAGAUGCUGUUGCUAGCUGUAUAGCACUCUUUCCUAAAAGACAUUAAGUGCUCCUUGCCCCACCUUGAAUAGAGAUGUUUUUCCAAUUUUGUUUUUAAAAGCAGCAAGUGCUGUAGGCGUUUUUCAAAGAUGUAAAGAAAAUUAAAAGUUUAGCAUUUGUAUGAAGCUUAUGCUAACUCUUAUCAAUUUUGUUACUUUGUUAUUAAUAGAUGAGCAGUGUUUAAUAUAUAAAAAUUGUGGGCCAGUUGGAUAUACAGGUAAAAACACCAAGUGCUUUUUCCCCACUUGACUUUGAAAAUUAACCUCAUGGUUGGAUCAUUAAGAAUGGUGAGCUGUAAGGUAAUCAUUUAGUGCAUUUUAUGCAAACUCUUUCCUUAUCUCCCUCUCUUUUAAUUCUCCAAUGGUAGUACAACAAUCAUUGCAGCACAAUUUGGAUUGCAAAGUAUCUUCGUAUCAGCAACAUUUUCCCCACCACCAAGAGGCAUGAAAGAUCCAUUUUAGGGACAUAACAGCAACUGAUGUUUGUAACAAACAGGAAAUAACAGUUCCAACUGUGUUAAUGCAAAUUGCAACUAGGUAUUUUGAUUUGUGUUUUGAUUUAUCCUGGAAUCAUUUGUGCAUUUUUUAAGUGACUAAAAAUUCCAUAUUAUAAGCCUGCCACGACACAGUAGGACUUCCUCAUAACAUGACUAACUACACAGAAUUUACAAAAACUAUUUGUGAUAAGAUGAUAUGAGAAACUGCACUUUAUCAGUACAUUAGUUGCUUUGUUAAUAUAAUGCCAUCUUUGCUUGCAAUCUGUAGUUUUUCCAUGUCGGACUUGAAAUUAAGAAUCCACCUCAUCCUGGUGCUCAAUUUCACACAAGUUGAAUGUGUUGAAUACACAAAGUAACAUCCUCUGGGGUUUAGAACUAAAGUUAAAAUGCUGCUAAAACUUAUUUUGAACAGUCUGAUCUGUUUUUUUUUGUCCUCACAUUCUUUGUUUAAAGUGACUGUUAUCCUUCAGUGGUAAUGGUAGAUACUUCUGAUUGUACACUCAAGUGGAAUUUGUAAAGUAGCACUUAAAGCCAGACUUUAAUUGCUUUAAGAAAUGAUGCCACAAAGCUGGGUGUGGAAAAUGUAGUGCUUACCUGUUUGUAAGCUUUCAUGGCAUAUACUCUUCUGUAGCCUCAGAAUGAUUUAUUUAAAUCUAAAUAAAUUUGUCAUUUUCAUA